UGCUUUGUGUGAGAAAAUUGUAGAGUGAACAAAAAAAGUCUUUGGCUCAUCAACAACCACUUAAUAUAUAUAUACUUCUAAUCAGUCUUCAGCUCUUCAAGGAAAUGGAAAGGGUCUCAAUUAACCUUCUUGCCCUUGCUGUUUUAGGAAUGUUCUUCUUGCUCAGUACUGCAACAGCUCCAGUACUUGGAAGUAUGGUUACAAAUUCUGAAGACAUGCAAUUUUCAGAGGAAUAUAAAAUGAUAAUAGAAGAAUUGGCGGCAAAACGCCAACCCAACAUAUAUAAAAAUGGAAACCAGAAAAGAAAAAUGAUGAUCACACGACCAAUAAUAAAUACUCUUGAUGUAUUUGCGGAGGCUAUAAAAAAGCAAGAAAUUGCAACAUCGUUGUCUUACGGGAAAGAUUUAAGCUGCGUGAGUGCAGGCAGCUAUUGUAACGUUGUGUUUGGACCAAAUUGCUGUAGUAGUGAAUUUGCAUGUGUACCACUAGGCUUCAUUGGUGGUGUGUGUGUGUCUUAAACUCAAGAACCACGCAUGUAGCUCGAUCGCUAGCUAGGUGCUUUAGUGGUUGGCUGUACGUGCUUGUUUCUCGACUUUCUUAAUUUCAAUCGUCUUGCUUUAAUUUAUGAAUAAUGUCGUCACUUCUCCGACAGUUUAUGUUUGGAAUGAGAUUCGGAAGCUACAGAUGUAAUAUAUAUUAUAUAUAUAUAUAUAUAAAAGUGUGAAAGUUUGGUUGAUAAUGAAUAUUUCUUCCGUUUCAUAAUA